AUGCUGCCUCCCAUGGCCCUCUUCAGCAUGUCCGGGAUGCUGCUUUCCUGCCUGAUGCUCCUAUCCCAGGUUCAAGGUGAAGAAGACUCCCCAAAGGAACAUUCCUCUGCUCGGAUCAAGUGUCCAGGAGGCUCCAAAGCCUAUGGCUCCUACUGCUAUGCCUUGUUUCUAACACCAAAAACCUGGGUGGAUGCUGAAAUAGCCUGCCAGAAGCGGUCCUCAGGACACCUCGUGUCUGUGCUUAGUGUGGCUGAGGCAUCCUUUGUGGCUUCUGUGGUGAAGAGCGCUUCAAACACCUACACAAACGUCUGGAUUGGGCUCCAUGACCCCACGCUGGGCUUGGAACCCAAUGCAGGUGGAUGGGAGUGGAGUAGCUGGGAUGUGCUAAAUUACUUUGCCUGGGAGAGAGAUCCCUCCACCGUCUUAAACUCUGGCCAUUGUGGGAACCUGUCUCGAAACACAGGAUUCCUGAAAUGGAAAGACUAUAACUGUGAUCAGAGAUUACCCUAUGUUUGCCAGUUCAAGAACUAGGACAGGUGGAAGGAGAGCAAUUUGGGCUGGUGUGAUCACCGUGGACUUGAGACCUAGUGUGAAGACCUACCCAGGAAGAGAAUAUUUUCCAGGUCCUCAACUUGCUUUCUUCAUUCUGAUCCUCUC